CCACCCUGAAGCUCACAACGUCCCACCAUGGAGAGCCGCAAUGUUGAACAACGACGCUUUGCUGUGGGUGCGCGCGUGGCAUGCCUCACAGCUGAUGGCUGGCUGGAAGGCACCGUGGUGCAAGUGGACUUUGAUGGUGAUCCGGCGGAGGGCAUCGUGCCUUAUUUGGUUGAGCUUGACAGUGGUGGAGAGGUCCUGGCGCCCAAGGAUACGGCCGAGCUGGUCGUGGCCGCUGGGCAACAGCCAGCAGAGCCCUGGCACGUGACGCAGGCUCGUGAGCUCCGGCGAAGGGGCAUGGAGUACGCUGGCCAAGCUAAACACCCAGCUUUGUUCCAGCCGAGUCAACUGCACCGGUGGCUCCUACCAAGCUUCCUGGAGGCCACCAGUGCUUGGCGCAGCUCCGGACAACCGGAGCAACUGCAGAUCCGGCGGCUGCCGAACGUGCGGCUGGAGACUGAAGGCAUCGUCUCCUUCGACUGUUUCACCCAGGAGUUCUGCAAGAUGCUCUUGGAGGAAGUUCUCAACUACCAGGCGUCCGGGUUGCCUUCGCGGCCUCCCAACAGCAUGAACAACUAUGGCCUUGUGCUCAACGAGAUUGGCCUCAAGCCGGUCUUUUCUGCGCUGCUGGAGGAGCAUCUCCUGGGCAUUGCUACACGGCUCUUCGGGCCCAUCGAGUUGCAGGAUGCUUUCACGGCAGGAUCUCAGGGAUUCGAACAUUGGGGCGGCGACAGCUUGUCGGCACACCACACCUUUGUGGUGAGGUAUCAGCCGGACGAGGACCGGUCAUUAGACAUGCACGUGGACGAGUGUGACGUGACCUUCAAUUUUGGUCUCACCAACUCGGACGACUUCCGAGGCAGUGAUUUGGCCUUCUGUGGGAUGUUAGGAUCCGAGGAGCACCGAAAGCACCUGCACACCUACAAGCACCGCUGCGGUCGCUGCGUGGUGCAUUUGGGCAAGCGGCGGCAUGGCGCGCUGGCGAUCUCCUCGGGUCGCCGGAUGAGCCUGAUCAUGUGGUGCAAGAGUCCUGUGUUUCGGCAGUCGGACGAGUACUUGCUGCGCCGUUUCGCACCCAGAACCCGAAAGCGGCCCCGGUCACCGGACCGCGUUUGCCUCUCCCACGAGCACGACUCCGACUACGAAGAAAAGCUCGAACGGCUCAGCCGGCAGCGCGGCGAACCGCGGCGGUUUCGAGGUUCAACAGCCGGCCAAUGAUGGGCUCUCACGGAAGGGAGUUCAAACGAGGUGAUCAAGUACCACCGUGAGUUUUGCGGCAUUGCAGCAUGGACCUGUGCCACUGAAAGUGGCUGAGCGUCGUGAACGACGGACAUGCUCUCGAUUUAGGGUGUUCCAGCCUCAGGAUUCGACGGCGCCGUGCGGGCUUCGUAACCGGCUUGAAAGUGGCGGGCCUGGCGGGCCUAGUUUUGUUGAUGAAGAGCCAUGUUGACUAUCCAUGGCGAACAGGAAUGAACAUGGCACGGCCAUGCACUGGCAAGGGCCCUGCAAUGGCAAGGGCCCGAUUUUAGAGGCAGCCCACAGACGUCUUGAUCCAACGUUCUUCACAUCCACAUGCGGUUUGGGUCAUUGUCCUUUCCGGUUGCAACAAGCGGAUCUGUACAUAUCUGUGCGGUAUACUCCAUUGUUCCGGUGCCUUUGCUGAAGGUGGUGGUGACCGUGGGUUGAUGCAUCCUGCAAGCUGGCGUUGCACCAUGGCACAACUGUCGAAGCGGAGACAGACG